AUGGCUGAGAUCAUGUGCAACCCUCGGGUCAUGACUAAGCUACAAGCCGAGGUGAGAAACAACACACCGAAGGGGCAAGAUAUGGUCGAGGAAGAGAACUUAGCCAACAUGACAUAUUUGAAGGCCGUGGUGAAGGAAACGCUUAGGCUGCACCCGCCGCUACCGCUCCUCAUCCCUCAUCUUUCCAUGGUAGCGAGCCAAGUCGACGUCGCUGGAUACACGGUCCCUUCUGGAGCAUGGGUCAUGGUGAACACAUGGGCUAUCAACAGAGACUCUGAGUGGUGGGAGAAGCCAGAAGAGUUCCUACCGGAAAGGUUCAUAGAGGGUGGUAGUGCCUCGGCGGUGGACUUGAGGGGGAAUGACUCUCAGUUUUUGCCGUUUGGAGCUGGUAGGAGGAUCUGCCCUGGUAUCAACUUCGGGCUGGCGACCAUCGGGCUCAUGCUGGCAAACCUUGUGUACUGUCAUGACUGGGAGCUGUCGCCCGACAUAGGCAAGAAGGGUAUUGACAUGACCGAAGUGUUUCGCCUAAGCGUCCGACGGAAGGAGAAACUGAUGCUUGUUCCCAAGAACCACUCAAGUGUGUGA